AUGGUGUACCGGGGCAGUUUGCAGACGGACGAUCCUAGGGAUGCGCCGAGGCUGGUCCGGGUGUCGCCGCUGCGCAGCAGCAGGUCCGCCAAUCCCGGUAUGAAUUCGCGUGCCGUCACGUCGGUCAAGGGCCCGAUCUACCACAGCUCGUACGUGCCGUCGAUCGACGCCAAUCGCGCGCGGCUGAUCGAGGAGAGGCGAUUAGGACGCGAGCGGGACAUCGAGUCGGUCGAGAAGGUGAUCAUGAGGACCACCGGCAUAAAGAUCGGCGCGCCCAAGCUGCGCAACAUCAGCCAGAUCCGCGAGACCGUCUUCCUGGACCAGUCGCUGACGCCGAUCGACAAGAUCGGCAAGCCGGACACGAGGAGCCGACCGCGCAGCGUCGUGGCCGGCCUCGAGGACGGCAACGCCCGGAUAACGAGGACCCACAGCUCUCUGCUGGCGGACCUGAGGGACUUGGAGAGGCUGAGGAACACACCGCCGACGCAGCGGAAUCACAGGGGCCCGUCGCUGCAGAGAACAGAAUUGACGAUCACCGCGAGUAAGAGGAACGACGCGCCGACCUCGGCCAAGAUCCGGUCGGACAUCUUCAGGAUCCAGCAGAUGUUCCAGUCGGCGGAUUCCUCGCCUAGGACGGCGACGAGAAACAGCAGCGACAUCAGGAGGAUCCGGGGCGAUUCGGAGAAGGAGGAGAGAAAGCCCGGAGCGGAGAUCAACAGGACGCGGUUGCUGGCGCAGAAGCUUCUGGAAGCGUCCAGGAGCUGCAGUCGAGAGUCGUUGAAGGAUCGUUGCAACAAUCCGAAGAACGUGUCCAAUAAGAUGUCGAGGCACGCGAACGGGAAGGCGUUCAAGAUCCUGCAGGAGAUCCCGGAGAAGGAGCUGAGGGACAUCAGGCAUCAGAAGGGGAAGGAGGACGCGAGUUCGGAGGAUCAGCCGCGUCCACCCGCUCGCAGGAGGAGAAACUCGAAGAAUCGGGACUGGAAGGACGCGGAUUACGCCGCGAACGGGCGCCGCGAGCUGGAGAACCGCGGGCGUGACUCCGCGCGCGGGGAGGACUCGUCGAACGGAGGCGCGAGCGCGGAGGAGAAUUCUAAGGCCAGCGCUAACCUGGAAAGACCGGAUAUUCUGGACGGGCUCCUGAGGGAGUCCGACCGGCAGCUGGCGAACCUGAAGAGCGAUCUCGGCGAGAAGGAACGCUCGCGCAGCCACUGGCGAGGAUUCGUGCAGUCCAUGAGGCUGCACGACGUGGAGCUUCAUUCCGAUAGCGAGGACCAGCGGAAAGACCUGAACCUGUGGAACAAGAGUAUCAGUCAGCGCUGGCGGAAGCUGCGGCGAAGAUGCUCCGUGCAGGAGUCGUCGGAGCCGCAGGAAGCGCUGAUACAGGGUGGCGGGAGUCACGGCGUUAUACACACGGUGAGAUCGACGCCGGCCAGCAGAGAGGCCUCGCCGGCCGCGAAGAGUCUUCAGGAUGGCAGCUCGCCGAAGAAACUGCUGCAAACUAGUUCCCUGAGGCUGCCAGGCACGACGAAGGGCAUCGCCGACAUCCAGCACGUGCUCCGCAGCAAGUUCAGCAAGAUAAACGCCGGCAUCAGGAAACGAAAGGCGCUCAGCGUGACGGAGGUCUUUCCCCAGCAGAAGGACAAUGCCUCGAAUUUCUACGUGCCGAGUCCGCUCACGUCGUCUUCCAGUCAACCCUUCGAGGACAAUCGUUACGACUCGAGCGAGCCGACGUCCUUGCCACCGUAUCCCUUCCACGAUAACCUGGAGACCCUGGCGGAGAGCAGUGUCCCGAACUCGCCCCACUGCAACGGCAACAGCUUCGCGGCCUACUCUCAGGACGGUUACGAGCGGAAGGACGUGCUCUAUGAAAACGUGGUGUUCCCGCGAUCCUCGCCGUCGAGGACCCGGCCCGUUCUUCAGCGCAGCAACUCGGAGAACCGCGAGGCCAGCGUGCCCGAUCACGCCUACGAGAACGUGCGCUUCCAACGUGCCGGCGCGCAGCGCGACGAUCUGCAGGGAGCCUCGGGCAGCCCGUACGCCGGCCGACACCUGGCCAGGAGCAACUCCGAGACCAGGGAGCACUCGUACGAGAACGUGCACUUCCAGAACGCGAAGCUCAGGAACCAGUCGGAGCCGUCGUUCGAGGAGAUACACAUACCCAGAGUGACGCCCAGAAAGCGGUCCAUCGACUUCAAGGUCGGCGGACAGGUGAGCAAUUACUCGGGCGAGGCGGCGUUGAGCCCCGGCGGUGGCGGCAAGGAGGACGCGCCGGCAAGUUUGGGCACCGAGAGAAGCUCCGGCAAGAGGCACCCGAGGAGGGUCAACAGCAGAAGCGUCGCGAAUAUCCCCAGCUCCUCGGGCGCGAACCUGAAGACUUGGCAGGGUACCCAAGACGCGGACGAAGGCCUGAACACGGAUUCGGAGCUCGAAGACAUCGACGAGGCUGCCGAAGGAGAGGAGUCGCGUUUUUGUACCUUGCCAAGACCAAGUAAGGGCGGCGCGUCCUUUACGAUACUGACCGCCAGAUUUCUCAAGGGUCCCGGGCACAAGGGACUCGGCUUCAGUAUCGUCGGCGGUACCGACAGUCCACGUGGGACCAUGGGAAUCUAUGUGAAAACUGUUUUUCCCAAUGGCCAAGCUGCUGAUUUAGGCACUGUCAAGGAAGGGGACGAAAUUUUGUCAAUAAAUUCGAAACCUCUUCACGGUAUGACCCACGCCGAGGCGAUCGCCGAAUUCAAGUCCGUCAAAGCUGGGGACGUCGUCCUACACGUGGGACGUCGCGUGAACAAGAAGAAGAAAGAGACCUUGACUCUGGCACCGGUGAAUCCCUCCGUCCCGAGGCAACCCGUCGCGUGAAUUCAUGCGAAGAACGCCGUCGUAAUGACGAACAAUUUUUCUACCUGCCGAAGUUUCACGAAUUCGAUUUUUCUUCCGAGAGCAUUCAAAAUGUAUAGCAAUAUCGAUAAUUAUUGCUGGCAAUAAUGGGCGAAAGAGGCAAACUUGCGGCGUGAUUUAUCUUCGGUUUUUUUUUAAACCUUCGAAUCGUGAGACGAAGUUGAGUCUGAUUUGUAUCUUAGAUUUUUUUAUUUUGUCUCGAGCUUUUGUUUUUUUUUUUCGCUAAAAAAUGAGAUAAAGCUGUGUACGCAAAGUUUUAUACAGUUAGGACGAUUUUAGAGCGUUGAUAAAUUCUUUUAAUAAGUGUUCGAAAUAAUUAAAAUACUGUAUGUGUUAUAAA